AUGGAUAUUGUUAUUUCAAUUGCGUCCAAAAUUGCAGAGUCCUUGGUGACACCAAUAGGCAGAGAGUUUGGCUAUUUGAUUUGCUAUGAUACCAAGAUGAAAGAUCUAAAGUAUCAACUUAAAAAGCUUUUUGAGAUGAAAAAUGGGGUGCAAGAAUUGGUUAAUGCUGCCCAAAGGAAUGGUGAAGUUAUCAACUCUGAUGUUCAAAGUUGGCUAACAAGUGUUAACGAGUUAAUUCAGAAAGUGUCACAUUUUGAGGAAGAAGUCAACAUGGAAAGGCGAUGCUUGUACCGGUGGAACAUAAGUAGGAAAGCCACUAAGAUUACACAAGAUGUUCGUCAUCUCCAAAAAGAAGGAACAUUCAAUAACGUUGCCCAUCCUGCACCUCCACCAAUGAUAUCGUUAGCAUUCAAAGAAGGUUUUAAGGAUUUUAAAUCCAGAAUGACAUGUGUGAAUAGGGUGCUUGAGGUUUUGAAGAAUGAAGAAGUUAGAGUGAUUGGGAUUUGUGGUAUGGGGGGUGUGGGUAAAACCACAAUGGUGAAAGAAAUCAUCAAAAGGUUGGAAGGAUUGAAAGUAUUCGAUAAUAUUGUGAUGGCAGUUGUGUCCCAAAGCCCAAGCAUUCAGAAGAUUCAAUCAGAAAUUGCAGAGGAGCUGGGGUUUAAAUAUGAUGAGAAUACUGAAAGUGGAAGAGCACGAAGGCUCCACAGAAGACUCAUGGAAAUAAAUAGCAUCCUAAUUGUAUUAGAUGAUGUGUGGACAGAGCUUGAUUUUGAGGCUAUAGGACUUCCUUCUGGACUUUCUCAUAAAGGGUGCAAAGUUUUGUUGACCUCAAGAAACUUGGAAGUGUGCAACGCAAUGGGAAGUCAAGAAAUUUUUACACUCCCAAUUUUAACAGCAGAAGAAUCAUGGGAACUCUUCCGUGAAAUGGUAGGUAAACCCUUGGACUAUCCUGAUUUGGCAAAACAAGUCAUGAAUGAGUGUGGAGGUUUACCUAUUGCUAUUAUAACUGUUGCGAAAGCACUAGAAAAUAAGAGGAAGCAUGAAUGGGUUGAUGCACUCAAACAACUACAAAGUUCAGCUCCUGGAAGCAUCUCUUCGAUGAAUGACAGAGUUUAUUCAAACAUACAAUGGAGUUAUGAUAGAUUGGAGAGUGAUGAAGCGAAGUCAUGCCUUUUGCUUUGUUGUUUAUUUCCUGAAGAUUAUGAUAUUCCAAUUGAGUAUUUGGUUAGAUAUGGAUGGGGUCGAGGGUAUUUUAGUAACACUGAUUUCGUGGAAGAAGCAAGAAAUAGAGUGCAUUCUUUGGUUGACAAACUUCAAAGAAGGUUUUUAUUGCUAGAUAGCAAAUUGAAAGACCAUACCAAGAUGCAUGACAUAGUUCGUGAUGUUGCCAUACAAAUUGCCUCAAGAUAUCCACAUAGAUUUCUAAUAAGAUGUGAUGCUGAAAAGAAAGGGUGGCCAAAGAUAUACGACCAUUACACAACAAUGUCACUGAUACCAAUAAAUAUUGAUGAAAUCCCAGUUGGUCUGGAGUGCCCAAAACUUGAGCUUCUACACUUAGAAGGCAAAUGUUAUUCGGAAAAUAGCAUGGACAUCAUGUGUAAAGGGAUGAAAGAGCUCAAGGUUUUAGGCAUGGGUGGGAUAUCAGCCUUGCCAAGUUCACAAGGACUACUGAAGAGCCUUCGAACCUUGUCCCUAAAUGGUUGUCGUUAUUUAACAGAUAUAUCUAAUGUUAUUGGAAGAUUAGAAAAUUUAGAGAUCCUCAGCUUUCGUGAAUGCAUUAACAUCUUAGAGCUGCCGAGGGAAAUUGGACUUCUUAAACAUUUAAAGUUGUUAGAUAUUACGGAUUGUAUUCGUCUUCAGAAGAUUCCACAUGGUCUCUUAUCGAGCUUAUCUAGUCUUGAAGAGUUGUAUAUGGAAAAUAGUUUUCGCAAAUGGGAACGAUCAGCAGCAGAAAGCAAAGAUAAGAGGAUGGCAAGCCUUGUUGAGGUGAUGUCUUUGUCUAAUCAUUUGAAGGUUUUAGUCAUGUAUAUUCCCAAUUUCAACUUCUUUCCAAAAGACUUUUACUUGACAAUCCAGACAGCAAUAAGAUUCCACAUAUCCAAUAGAUUGUGUCCCACAGGUUUUAGGAUUGAAAGUAACGGAUGUUAUGCAUUCGAAAAUAAGUUGGAUAUUGUUGACAGUGAUGCAACGGAAUUCAUGGAGAUUCAACUCUUAUUUAAGAAAUGUGAAGAUUUAAUCUUGGGAAGGAUUAAGAAUUUAAAGUAUGUCCUCAAUGAAUUAGACCAAGAGGGACUGCAACACUUAAAAGUUUUAACAAUUUGGGACUGCAGUGAGAUAGAAUACCUUGUAAAUGGAGCAAGUUGGACUCAACAAACAGCCUUCCCUCUCAUCCAGUCAAUCCAACUCAUGUGGAUUCCCAAGCUAAAAGCAAUAUGCCACGGCCAACUUCCACAGAGCUCUUUUAUCAACUUAAGAUCUCUUGAAUUAUAUGAUUGCCCUGUUUUAAAAUAUGUCUUUUCUCUAUCAGUAGCAAGCAACUUGGUUCAACUUCAAAGCUUAAAUGUUGACCGGUGUCGCCAAAUGAAAGAAAUUGUCUCAAAGGAGUGGAGGGAACAUGAGACGGCAUUGGACAUCAUAGCUUUCCCUAAAUUAACAAAUUUGACACUCCAAGGUCUACAUAAUUUCGUUGGUUUCUACGAAGUCAACAAGCUAUACUCCAACUAUGAGGUAACAACACCCAAGGAUGAAAAUGUGGUAGGAACUUCAUAUGAUGAGCAUCAAUCUUCUAGAAGCUUUGAAAGAGCGGUAUUUCCAUCAAAGUGCAUUUUAUGGUUACAAAAUCUAGAAGAAGUGAAACUAAAAUUUGACGAUGGCAUUGUAGAUGUGUUAUUUGAUCUGAAUGGCCAUAUGGUUACGGAUGGGCCAGCACUUUCUCAUUUACGAAAAUUGGAGAUUUUAUUGGCUUUUGCAUGUCAACACCUUUGGAAGAACAUUCCGCGUGGAUUCCAGGGCUUCCAAAACUUAAGACAUUUCAAAAUAAAUUAUGGUAUUGAUCUCCAAUAUGUGUUCCCACAUUCAAUUGCCAAGCUCCUUGUAAAUCUUGAAGAGCUCAACAUAGCAGAAUGCUGGAACAUGGUAACUAUAGUCAGAUCCGCAGAUGAAAAUGAAAAGGAGGAUCAGACGGGCAUGACUUUGUUUCCCAAACUAAAUAGUUUUGAUCUAGACGGGCUUCCCAAACUGAAGACAUUGGCUUCAGUAAUUCCACAAAUAAAAAAGUUGGAGAAAGAUUCAACAGCUCAUCACGAAGACGAAGACGAAGGUAUUUCAUCAGGAUCUUGUGGAUGUACACCUUAUUCAUGUGGCCCAAUGACCAAACCUACUUCAAGAACAAAUAUUGUUCAAAUAUUGCCACGUCCAGUCAAUCAAGAGGUUGCCCCAACAAAUCUUGAUCAAGACUCAAAUGAUUAUGAUAAUCUAGAACGUCUUUCUAUACUAUCCUGUAAGUCACUGGAAGUUGUUUUCCAACUCAAGGGAUCGAAGGCUGUGGAAAGCCAUAACAUUCAAGCAUUCAAUAAGUUGUGUUACUUGUCGUUAUACAAAUUGCCAAGUUUGAUGCACGUAUGGGAAACAGGCGGUUCACAACAUAUCACGGGCUUCGGAAACUUGACAUUCUUAAGUGUAUCCCACUGUGGCAGUUUACGAUAUUUGUUCUUGUCAACUGUAGCCAAGCUCCUUGUCAGUUUAAAGGACUUAAAAGUUGGGAAUUGUAAGAAGAUUAAACAAGUUAUUGCAAAAGCAGACACUGAAUGUGCUGAUCAGGAAAUUACAUUUCCUCAACUGAAUUCCAUGACGCUUGAAGAUCUACCAAACUUCAUUUGUUUCUCUGCUGAAGCUUUUACUUUGAAGUUGCCAUCUUUGAUGAAAUUGAAGGUUAUAAGAUGUCCAUACUUAAGAACAUUUGCUUCCAAGGUUGUCAACACACAUUCUAGAAUCCAAGUACACACAGAGUUGGGACAGUCUGAGUGGAUGGGGGACCUCAAUAGCACUAUAGGGAACUUUCACAAAAAAUGGUAUGCUCCUGGAUGUUUACUGCUUUUUAGUCAGUAA